AUGUGUGUAUGCGCUUCCGCUAUCUAUCUAUCUAUCUAUCUAUCUAUCUAUCUAUCUAUCUAUCUAUCUAUCUAUCUAUUGCUACCGCUUUCCCUCACUCUCCUUCUCCCUCAAAUUCUUUUUAAGAGCCUCUCUCUUAAGUGUAUGUGUGUGUAUGAUCACGAGAUUAAUCUUAUUUUUUCCUUCUCGAAUUUUCUUUCGGUCUCCUUCCUCUUCCUCUUUUUUCGUUUCUUCUUUCUUUCUUUCUUCUUUGCUCGCUUCACCCUCUCUCUCUCUCUCUCUUCCUGUCACUGGCGUAAGUUUGUAUGGGAUCUUCUUUCUAUUUCUCCCUGUUUCUCACAAAUUUCUCUCUCUCUCUCUCUCUCUCUCUCUCUCUCUCUCUCUCUCUGUAUGUUUGACGGCAGACUUUUGAAUUCCAUCUCUCUCUAUUUCCUUCCCUCUCUCUUUCUCUAUCUCUUUCUUCUCGCUGUUUCUUUCUUCUCUCUUACUCCCUCUCAUUCAUUCUCUUAA